AUGGCGGCAGACAAGAACUUUACGUGGUUUGAUGAAGAAAUUAAUUUGUUGCUACGUGAAGGUUUAGGAAUUGAAGAGCUUCUGAAUAAGAAAGCGCAGUCAGCCGAAGGUAUCAAAACCCAGUUAAGUAGAGAGAUCAAAGAAUCUGAAGGACGGGUUGCUUUGUACCUGGCCGCGUGCAAGCGGAAAUUGGAGAGUAUAUCGACCUCUCUUGAGAAACCCAGUUCCAAAGGCGCUCGCGCUGAAAGGAAGGUAAUAGAUAUUUUAAAGGAAAGCCUGACUUCCUUUUCUUGUUCUGACACAUCUUCUGAGGCAGGUAAAGGAGAUAUAGCGGUCCAAACUCCCAACAACCACAGCAUCAUGAUCGAAGUGAAGAACAAGAAUGCGCCCGUUCCUAAAAGUGAAAUUGAGUCAUUCGUAGAGAACCUCGAGAAGUCACCCCAGUUUAAGGUGGGCAUCUUGCUGUCGAUGACAAGUGGUAUUGCUCGACGAUCAGGAAGGUUUGAAGUUGCUGUUAAUCCGCAGAAGCAGUAUUUGAUCUACGUGCCAAACGCAUACGCGAGUAACGAGGACCAUCUGAUAGUGUGGAGUGUGGUAAUGGCUGAACAGCUGGCCAACCUGGAGGGAGACUUGGAUGGAACGAAGAUUCGUGGACUGACCCUGAUCUACGACAAGUUUAAAAGAAACAUCGAGCAUAGCAAGCAGUGCAAAUCGAGUCUUGAGGCCCUGGAGACCUCCGUGGAAAGACUAAAGAGUAGUAUCAUCCCAAUCCUCGAGACCAUUGAUGAAACGAAGAACGACAUCUACAAACUGUUGCGCUAGCUAGUUCAGUUAAAACACUGCCUGCUCGCUCUUUGCCGUUUUUUCCUAUAUUUUUAAAGUAUUUUUCAUGUAUUCUUUGAAAAAGUAGUCUAAAAUAUUUUCUGAAUUGGUAGUGUUUUACAAUUUUUGUCAUGAGAACACUGAGAAAGAUAGCUAACCUUGCUGCUUCAGUUAAGUAUAGACGUGUUGGACUUUGAUUUCGGCUUGAUUUGCUUUUGGGUUAUAAUAUGUAUAUAGAGACUGCGUUAGUGUUUUGUCGUGAAGCAUUAACAGCAAAUUAGCUCUGCUUUGCGAUAUUUCUUGUGUUUUCUUGUUAGUCACGUUAGUUGUGCAAUAAAAUAACUUUACAUGAAAUAUUAUUUAUUUUUGCUUUUAUUUGUUUCAUGGUUAUUCUAGUUGUGAAUAAGGCAAUCUACGUGAAUCAACACUUUCACCACUGUCAAAGCCAGAAUUACAGCCGAUAUAUACGUUCAGCAUUUAUGCUGAAAAAAAUUCUCUGUUGCUUAGCAUCUGUCCUCUCAUUUCCUUUUCUAGCCUGGAUGGCUCCCAGUGUAUGACGGGAUUUCGAGUCGAGUCGAGAGCAGCGAAGCAUUUACUGAGUGGCGAAAAACAAUCUCUCCCCAGCUCUUCUCUUCUUCUCUUCUCUUCUCUUCUCUUCUCUUCUCUUCUCUUCU